AUGAAGCUCUACUCUGCCAUAUUCGCUGUCAUCACCCUCUUCUCUACUGCUGAAGCCUGCAAAUGCUGGAACUCGUACGGAAGACACGUCUCGGAGUACACCCACGCUUGCUGCACCUACACCGGCGGAAUCUUCAACAAUGGCAACUGCGACGGCGAUAUUUUCGAUAAGAUUGGCGUGUUCACAAAGUGCUGCGAAAAUUUGGGUACCGAAUCGGACUGCGAGUGCCCGGACUGUCCUCAGGAGGAUGCUAGACGGAAAUCGUUGAGUCUUGCCCCUAUGACGGAUGCUGAGCGUGCCGAUUUUGCUGCGAAGAAGAGUGAGAAACAACGAAGUGUGCCGUUUAUUGGGUGA